AUGAAGAAUUCAUCUAAUAAUUCCACUAACGAUAUUAACUGUAACCAUGAAUCGCCUAUCCCACCUGCAAUGCAGUUUGCUAUCGGAGUUCUUGGUAAUGGAAUAGCUUUGCUGGUUCUUAAGCUUUCUGCAAAGACUCACCAAUGGCGUCCAUUUUAUCGUCUGGUGGCUGCUUUGGCUCUUACGGAUGGAGGAGGAAUUUUGCUAGUAUACCCAAGCGUAAUGAUAAGGUACGCUGUUACUUGUUUUCAGAUGCCACCAGCUCUGUGUGAUUACAGUUCUUUUAUAUAUACAUUCACGCUCCUUGCAUCUGCUAUGAUUAUUUGCGGUAUGUCUGUAGACCGGUUCCUUGCCAUUAUGUAUCCAACUUUUUAUAACACGAACACAAAAUAUAGACGUGUUAACAUUAUGCUUGGGGUUACUUGGAUCUCUUCAGCCGUGUUAUGUAGCCUUCAUCUGUUUGGACUUGGUGACAGUCAUAGUUUCUACCCAAAGUCUUGGUGCUUCAUCGACUUUAGUAACGUCACAUCGAAUGACAGUACUGCGAUACUAAACAGGGCCAACUCAUUUCUCUAUUCCCUGAUAGGACUUAUAAUUAUAGUGACGACUGUAUCUUUGAAUAGUACAGUAGUGUUUACAAUCUGUCGUAAACGAUGUCUACAAAAGGAAACUAGAAUGCAAAAUAACGACAGUAAAAGAGACAUCUUUAACAUUGUAUUUUUGCUUACUAUAGUAGUUGUCUUUGCAUCAUUAUGGACGCCUUUAAUUUGCGUCAUAUUUGCCCAUGCUGUUUUUUGGAUGGAUGGAGAUGGUGGAACAGAAUUGCUUGUUCUGAGGCUCGCAGUAACCAAUUCCAUCAUCGACCCAUGGAUCUACAUUUUACUGCGGAAAGAAACAAUUCUUUCAGUAAAAAGAAUAUUUAAUCGUGCUAUUUGUUGCAAAUUAUCAUAUGGUAUGAAUUCUAGAUCAUUGGAUAUCUCGCGAGAACGUACUUGUUCAAUGACGUCAUACAGACGGUCUGACGGGUCACAGGGAGCGCCAGUAUGGCUUACAGACCAGGAAAGUACAUGA